GGGUCGUUCUCGCGCAUGCGCUCUCCGAACGGUCUUUUCCAACCUCCUGCUACUCUCCAACCCUAGUUAGUGACUAGACCUUCUGCGACGUGGGCUUGCGAUGCUGCCCUUCUCUCCCUUCUGGGUGGCUCGGCCUCUGCAAAGAUGUGGCCAACUGGUCAGGAUGGCUGCUCGAGCUCAGCACAGCGAGGUGGCCCAGGCUCAGACUGGAGAAGCAACCACAGGUUGGACAGGCCAGGAGAGUCUGUCAGACAGUGACCCUGAGAUGUGGGAACUACUACAGAAGGAGAAGGACAGACAGUGUCGUGGCCUGGAGCUUAUUGCCUCAGAGAACUUCUGCAGCCGAGCUGCGCUGGAGGCCCUGGGGUCCUGUCUGAACAACAAGUACUCGGAGGGUUAUCCUGGCAAGAGGUAUUACGGGGGAGCAGAGGUAGUGGAUCAAAUUGAGCUGCUGUGCCAGCGCCGGGCCUUGGAAGCCUUUGACCUGGAUCCUGCACAGUGGGGAGUCAAUGUCCAGCCUUACUCAGGGUCCCCAGCCAAUCUGGCUGCCUACACCGCCCUUCUGCAACCACAUGACCGACUCAUGGGGUUGGACCUGCCUGAUGGGGGCCAUCUCACCCAUGGCUACAUGUCCGACGUCAAACGGAUCUCUGCCACAUCUAUCUUCUUUGAGUCUAUGCCCUAUAAACUCAAUCCCAAAACCGGCCUCAUUGACUAUGACCAGCUGGCACUGACUGCUAGACUUUUCCGACCACGGCUCAUCAUAGCUGGUACCAGUGCCUAUGCUCGCCUCAUUGACUAUGCCCGCAUGAGAGAGGUGUGUGAUGAAGUCAAGGCACACCUGUUGGCAGACAUGGCCCACAUCAGUGGCCUGGUGGCUGCCAAGGUGAUCCCCUCACCUUUCAAGCAUGCGGACAUUGUCACCACCACCACUCACAAGACUCUUCGAGGGGCCAGGUCAGGACUCAUCUUCUACCGGAAGGGGGUACGGUCUGUGGACCCCAAGACUGGCCGGGAGAUACCUUACACAUUUGAGGACCGAAUCAACUUUGCUGUGUUCCCAUCCUUGCAGGGGGGCCCACACAAUCAUGCUAUUGCUGCAGUAGCAGUGGCCCUAAAACAGGCUUGUACCCCCAUGUUCCGGGAGUACUCCCUGCAGGUUUUGAAGAAUGCUCGGGCCAUGGCUGAUGCCCUGCUAGAGCGAGGCUACUCACUGGUGUCCGGUGGCACUGACAACCACCUAGUGCUGGUAGAUCUUCGGCCAAAGGGCCUGGAUGGGGCUCGGGCUGAGCGGGUGCUAGAGCUUGUGUCCAUCACCGCCAACAAGAACACAUGUCCUGGAGACCGAAGUGCCAUCACCCCUGGGGGCCUACGGCUUGGGGCCCCAGCCUUGACCUCUCGGCAGUUCCGUGAGGAUGACUUCCGGAGAGUUGUGGACUUCAUUGAUGAAGGGGUCAACAUCGGUUUGAAGGUGAAGAACAAGACUGCCAAGCUCCAGGAUUUCAAAUCCUUCCUGCUCAAGGACCCAGAAACAAGCCAGCAUCUGGCCAACCUCAGACAAAGGGUGGAACAGUUCGCCAGGGCCUUCCCCAUGCCUGGUUUUGAUGAACGCUGAAAACACCUGGGAAUCAAGGCCCACAGACUAGAAAUUACCACCCCCACCUCACCUGGGCCAGUGGAAGGGAACGCUACUUACCAUUCUAGUUUUUGGUGGAGGAGGUAUAGUUCCCUUCCCAGAAUUUGUAGCUGAGAUUUCUUUUUUGUAACUAGAUUUAGUAGGAGCCCCACUCUACCUCCAGCUUUCUGCCUAACCCUCUGCCAUUAUCAGUGUUAUAUAGACUCUUGCUCUUUCUUGGGGUGGGAGAGUUACCCAGCUGAGCCAGAGGAAGGGUUGGGUAGGCACACUCUCUGUUUUUAAAUCUAAUAAAAUGCUCACCUGC